UUUCCGUCCGAAUUUAACAACACCCCCUCCCUCAGGAAUGUUCUGACAGAAACGACUCUGAGGUUUCUGAGACGGACUGACCACAGUCUGCUGGGUCAGGCAGAUCAGACCAGUUUGUGUUGUCGUUGUGCUUCCCUGCUUGCUGAGCCUGACAAUGGAGGACAAGACCUUGCCACAUGCCUAUCCGAUGAGUGUAGAGUACGAGAAGGAGACGCCAACAACUAUCCACGACCAGAACUUCGGGGAAGGUUUGUCACCAGAAGAUAUUUUAGCUCCUACGUUAUACCAUGGUUAUUACAUCAGACCCAGGAUCAAUAAGCAACUGGACCGAGGCUUUUCAACAAUUGAAACAAAGCAUCAUAAGUUUCAGGUAUUUCUGGAUGUGUGCCAGUUCCUGCCGGAUGAGAUCUCUGUCCGGACAGUGGAUAACCUUCUGGAAGUGACUGGAAGACACCCGCAGAAACUGGACAGUCAUGGGUUUAUCUCCCGGGAGUUCACCCGCACCUACAUCCUACCCCUGGACGUGGACCCUCUGCUUGUUCGGUCAUCACUGUCCCAUGAUGGUAUCCUGUGCAUUGAGGCGCAAAGAAAAGGAGAUGAGAUCCACCCCAAAGUAAAUCAAGUGAAACUCAACGUGGAGUCAGCACCCAUGGCAAAGGAGCCUGGGGAAGACCCCGGAAAAGAGAAACGGAAGGAUAAGUAGCUCUUGCAGUAGGAUAGGGAGACCUCCAAUAAUUGAUUUUGAUAGCAAGUCUUCUGUUAAUACACCUGAUCUCUUCUAGAAAGCAGGGCAAAAUAUUACAAUGACUGGGCUACAAGUGAGUUAUCAGUUAAAGUUGCAAACAAACCUUAAAAAAAAGGCUUGUUUUGACAAUUUGAUAUCUUUUGUAUUUAUAAAGCUAGAAACCUAAUUAUUAAUAAUAGAUGCAAAUUCAGUCUGAUGAUUGCUCUCAUGAUUAAGACGUGCCUUUGAUUUAUUGCCCUUUGCUCCUGUUCUCUGGAAGAAAAUGACACAUAUUGGAGCACAAAUACAUAAUGUGUCCUCAGCUAACUUCGAAUGUUCUUCACAAUUUCAUGGCUCAGCCUGACUUGCCGACUAAGAAUCCAUCUCCCCAGUUUAACUUUCUGGACCAUCAAGCCGGACUCCUUUCACAGCUGUUGGUUAAAUAAGCACCUACGAGGAAUUGAGGCUGGGACCUGCAUACUCUCUACAACUGAACACUGCACUACUUUCCACUGAGCUAUUGGCAAAUCUUUUCUGCCAUUUCUGAUGUACAGCUUGUUGAAUUAUGAACCAAAUUUAUUAACAAACACUUUGACAACUAAUGUAUCCAAAAUGCAUUUAUUUGAAACCUGUAAUGACAACCGUUAUUGCUUU